GCAUGAUAUUGAACUAGUCGUGGCACUCAUUCUCGAUUCUUUACAUCUAUCGAUACUGAAACCGUUGCAUUUUCAAAAGUGGUGUGCUUUUUAUAGAUACCCCUUCAUUCCUCCUGCUACCAUUUGCUCCUCCCUUGUUUCCCAUCCACACAUCUGUUCAACGACCAAGCAGACUACCAAGUUUUGAAGCAAGAGCAAUUUCAAAAAUGGACGAUGCAAGUUUUUUCGAUCAAGCCAUCGGUCAAUACGAUGACAAGUUAAAAGCAAUCAAUCAAAAGAUCCAUGAAAAUCCAGAGCUUGGAUACAAUGAAGUACAGGCACACGACAACAUUACGUCUAUGUUGAAAGAGCUAGGCUACUCUGUCACCACUGGAGCGUAUGGUGUACCAACAGCUUUCUCGGCGGAGUAUGGUAGUGGGGGUCGUCUUGUAGUGUACAACGCGGAAUACGAUGCUUUACCCGAUAUCGGGCACGCGUGUGGCCACAAUCUUAUUGCCACUGCAUCGAUAGCAUCAUUUCUUGGUCUUGCGGCAGCAAUCAAAGAGCAUAAUGUUCCUGGCCGAGUCAGGCUUUUGGGAACACCAGCCGAGGAAGGAGGGGGAGGAAAAUUGAAACUCAUCGAUGCUGGAGCGUACAAAGAUGUGGAUGCUUGUAUGAUGGUCCAUCCAUCUAUCAGGGACCCGAGCCAUGGCCGAGUUGGCUCCGCUUAUAGCACCACGUUGGCAAAUCACAAGUUCAAGAUUCAUUACACGGGCAAGCCUUCACACGCGGCUAUGGCACCUUGGGAGGGCAUUAAUGCGCUUGAUGCUGUUGUUCUUGCUUAUAAUGCCAUAAGUGUAUUGAGACAACAGAUCAAACCGUAUGAAAGAAUCAAUGGUGUGAUUGAAUCUGGUGGUACAAGACCAAAUAUCAUCACGGCUAGCGCAGGAUUAGUUUACUACAUCAGAAGCGCUACUCUUAAAGAAGCUGAUGAGCUCAAAGCCCGAGCCAUCAAAUGUUUCGAGGGAGCUGCUAUUGCCACAGGCUGCACUGUUGAGUUUGAAGAAAUCAACACAUACGCAGAUACACGGCCCAACAAGCCAAUCUGCUAUCAUUACGCGCAAGCGAUGGAGAAUCUUAAAAAUCCAGUCACAUGUGACUUCAAACACAUCGAUAAUGCACCCGGCUCAACAGAUAUGGGUAACGUAACAUACGAAUGUCCCGGUUUCCAUGGAUGGUAUGGAAUUUCCGAUACGGCAUUUAACCAUACCCCUCAAUUCACCAAAGCGGCCGCUACCAAAGAAGCUCAUGAGAUCACUAUUGUGACGGCGAAAGCCAUGGCGAUUGUGGGAUGGAAAGUUCUCACCGAUGAUGAAAUCGCAGAGAGUGUGAGGAAAGAUUUUGAAGAAGAUAAGAUCUUGAGGGAGAAGCCCCAGAAUGUGGUUUCCGUAGGCGGUGCUUGCUGAGGGAAAGUUCGUUGGAUUGAUCGGCUCGAUCGACGAGAACGAUUUUGAUGCCCAUAAGCAAGCAUACUAGUUUUAACUUUUAAGGGGAUAUCUUGAUUAAAUCGAUUGAUUGAUUUCGCCGUA